AUUAUGAUAAUAUUUCAAACCCCACCGCCACUACAUUUAUUUCUAAUGUUUCUUUACUUUAAAUUUUUUCAAAUAUGUCUGAAAACAGCUAUAAAUUAAAAAAACACGGACAACGAGAACGAGGAAAAAAUUUUUGCUCAAGUGAAAAAGAUUUAUUAUUAGAACUUUUACUACCACAUAAAUCAGUAGUUGAAAACGUAAAAGUAAGUAUCUACCUACCUAACUUUAUAAUAAGUAUGAAUAGAGUUAGAAAAAUUCUUGGAUAUGAAAACACCUCCUAAUCUUCUCAUAGAUUUUGUAUCUACUGAACACAAGUAAUUUAUUGUUUAAUAGACUGAUGCAGUAUCAAAUCAAUUAAAAGCUGAUGUCUGGUCUGAAGUUACUAUUAUGUUUAAUCUAAAUCAAACUUCAGGAAUCCGUACGACUCUUCAGUUAAAAAAUUUAUACGACUCACUGAAAAGAGGUGCUAGAAGAGGAAAGAAUGAUAAUAAAAUUGAAGAGAAUAAUGAUAAAAGUGAUAAUAAUGAAGUAAUUUUAUAUUUAUAUUAUUUACAGCACCCUAAUAUUGAUUUUCUAAUAGAAAAGUAUAUAAAUACAUCAGCCACCACAUUAUUUUGUAACAUAUAUAAUAUUGUUAAAUCAUAAGUAUUUAAUAUUAACAUUUUUCUGAAAUUAAAUUUUAUCAAUGCCAAUACUUUUUUAUAAGGUUCUGUAAAAGUGGUCAUUUGACUGAUCAGAAUAUGCUCAAUUAUUGAAUUAAUUUUUAGUAUUUAAUGUUGGAACUUUGGCUACAGUAUCAGUUUAUUAAAUGAAGUUUACUUAUUAAAGUAUUUAUGAUUUUAUAGUAUACGAUAAAUAGGUAGCUAAUAGGAACUAUUUAAUAUUUUUAAAAUUUGUUUAAUAUUGAUAUUUCUUGAAAGUUUUAGUAAAAAUUAAAAUGUAUUUAAGAUUAAAGAAAAUUUAAAAAAUAUGAUUUAAAUUAACCAUUCUUGACCUAUCAGUUGACUAAAAACAACUUGACUGAGCCAAUUUUAUAUUGUUAAGAAUACAAAUUUUGAUCGGUAAUAAUUGAUUUGGGUUGUCAUUCAUGUCAUUUUAUAAAUUAUAAUUUUUAAAAAAUAUUUAUAAAGUAUUUUAGUUUACAUCAUAUUUCCAUUUUUAACUGUUGAUCUCUAAUCACAAAAUAAUUAUAAUCUAAGUAUUCUAAGUUAAAACCUUAUUAAAAAUGUAAAACCUUUAAUAAUUAUAUAUAAGAAAAAAAGAGAACAUUUUCUCAUGUAUGGAAAAAAUGUCUUCCAUUUUUAAUAAUUUUAAUAUCAAUUUUUUUAAAAGAUGAUCUUAAAAAUGAUUUGUGUAGUCUAUGUUAUUAUUGUUUAUUUCUUCGAAAAGAUAAUAGCAUAAUUAGUAUAACAUUUUAUAUUUUAAAAAUAUUUUGCAUUUAACUUAAAAAUUGUUUUUACUAUUUUGGUUAUUAUUUAUUUUAAAUUAUAAUUUAAACUAUAUUAUAUUAUUAUUUUAAUUUAUUAGACUAGGAACGUAGCGAGUGAUCUAUUGGUUUUACUAUGAUUGAUUUGGUUUUUUUCUAUCUGUAAACACUUUUCAAAAAGAAAUUUUGCUCUGAAGUGCAGCACCUUUUCUGAAAAGAAAUUCUACCUCGAAGGUGAUUUUUUGAUUUUGAAAGGGGUUUUCGAAAUAAUUGGUGAAAACCAAAAAGAAAAUUAUCAGAAAAACGGCUAAUAUUGAAAGGGGUGCUGCGGCAUUACUGAUUUCAUUACUUUUAAUUUUUGCAAACUAUGUUUUCUACCAAAAAUUUUGAACAAUAGAAAAAAAAUAAGAGACUAAGAGACUUUUUUUGUUGAAUUUUAAUCUAGUUGGUGAAUAAAAAAGUCUUUUUUGUUAUUUUGAUUUACUUUCUAGUGUUUUUAAUAAUUGAACAAUUGAAAAAAAAUGUAUAAAGAGCGAAAAAAUUUACAAAUUCAUAAAUGAUUUUAUAAUUUUCAAUUUUGUUUUUUUGUUGUAAUGCAGUUAAAAAUGUCAAGAUUUGUUUUAUCUAGGCUUGGUAAAAUAAUUAAAAUAUUUGAGCUAUUUUUGAACUUUUUAUAGAUAUUUUAAUUUUGCAAGUUUUAUGUAAUUUUUAAUUGGUAGGUACUGGUACUCUGUGGAUAAAAUUGUUAGACUUAACACUUGAAAUGCUUGAAAUUAUAGCCUUUCAAAAUAUGUAUAACCGGUCUCUCACUUCUCUCCUAAUUGUUUUUCUACAUCAGUGGUAUCACUAGUAUUGGCUCUUUUUUUUUUAUGUAUGAUUUCUGUGAACAUUUAAAAAAAUUAUGAAACUUGAUUUUUUAGUAUUAAAAAUAUUGUUCUAUUAUUAUAUUAUCUGAUUAUCUUAUUAGUGAUACUUAAUGAUACCUUAAAUUAAUGAAUUAUACAUUUAAUCCCGUGGACCAAUUUUCGUAUAAAUCAUAUUUUGGCAAAGACAAAUAAACUGCCCUAGAUCCAAUCAGUAGAGCUUCAUUACUAGAAUUGUAUUUUCCCUCCACCUAUUUUGUAUAAAAACAUUCUUUAUAAAACAAUAAAUAACAAAAUACUAUUAUAACACAAUACCUUACUAUACUAAAACUAUAAUGCUCUAAAAGAAAUAUGAAAAUUGAUCAUAAAAUGGUAGGUAUAAAAAGUUGGAACCCCCAAAAAGUAUAUUCUUGAUACUUGUACCAAGCAUAUAUAAAAUUCAAAAUAUCAUCUCUCUGGGUUCAUUUAGAGGUUCUGUAUGAUUAGUUUAAUCUAAAAAACAUCCUUUCCCCACACAUGUUGAUAUUCAUCCCAACUUUUAUCUAUCAAUCUCAUAUAAAACAAUUCUCAAGUCUGAACUUAUUUUCUCCAGAAAAAACAUCUAAAAGUGUCCGAAAAUAGCUGAAAAAAGAUACUGGGCGAAGAAAAAAAUUUGACAAAAAAACCAUUAAAUAAGUUAUGAAAAUUGAAAUCUAUCAUUAAAUACGUAUUUUUAUAGGUUCAGGACCCUGUUCAACUUAAAACAGAAGGUGAAUUUAAUAAUUCGAAGCAGAAUAAUAGUACCAGAAAAGUUUACGAUGGUUGUUCUAUAUUAUAUAACAAAAGAUUAUCUCAGACAGAAAAUAAUUUAAAGUAUGAAGAAGAGUUGCAUCGAAUUAAAAUUAAAAAAGCCAAUGCAGAACUUGAAGUUAGUGAACUAGAACGAACAUUUUUGAUUCAAAAAAUGAGAUAUGAAAAUGAAAAACUAGAGAGUGAACUUCGCCAAAAUAAAUUACGUGAAGAAAUUUUAUUAUUAGAGUUAAAGCACAAGAAAAAAAUGUUUAAUUUGGAAUAGCUCAUUAUUAUAAUAAAUUAAAAUAUACA